AUGGCGCUCCCGCUUCUCCCUUUCAGGGACAUCAACCUGCAUUCGUCCCCCUCCCACUAUUCGUUUACCUCGCCGUCCACGCCAAAUGCGCCAACGCUGGUGGUGGAGCGACCGACCGGCGACUUGCGUUUGAACGAUGGCUCGCUGCUGGGGACAAAGCGAGUGUCCAGCAUUGCUGGCAUUCUGGGCAUCAUCAAGCUCAAGCUGGACAAGUACAUUAUCAUCAUCACCAAGGCCCAGCCCAUGGGCCGUCUUCGCGGUCAUAUGGUAUACAAAGUCGUCGCCACCGAAUUCCUCCCUCUGCGUGAACGCCCGUUGCAUGAUACCGACGAAAAUACCUACCUCGCCCUGUUGAAAGACUUGAUUCGCACCGGGCCCAUGUAUUUUUCUUACUCCCUCGACCUGACGAGUAGUUUCCAACGCCAAUCACAAAGUGACUUGAAUACUCCUCUGUGGAAGCGGGCCGACGAUCGCUUUUACUGGAAUCGGUUCAUUCAGUCGGAUCUGAUCGAUCUCCGGGUCGGUGCUGGAGACAAUGCCGGGGUACGUUACAGCCAGCAACCCGGCGUUGACCCAUACAUCUUGCCCGUCAUUUUCGGCAUGCUUCGCAUUACGCCAGCAAGGGUCAAGAACACUCCAUUUACCUUCGCCUUGAUUACGCGGAGGUCAAGACACCGUGGUGGAACACGAUACUUCUCCCGGGGUAUUGAUGAGAAUGGCAAUGUAUCAAACUACAACGAGACCGAACAAAUCGUGAUUUUGAAUGAUGCUACCGGCGGCCUGGCGGGCUUUGCUGGCGGCCAAACAAUGCAGAAUGGGACCACCCAAGACUUGCAGGUCUUUUCCUUUGUUCAAACCCGAGGCAGUGUGCCUGUCUACUGGGCUGAAAUCAACAAUCUCCACUAUACUCCUAAAUUGCAAGUGCGGGGUGUGGAAACCGCUGUCGAGGCGGCCCGGAAGCAUUUCACAGAGCAGAUCAAGGUGUAUGGAGAGAAUUACCUGGUCAAUCUAGUGAACCAAAAAGGACGAGAGGACCGAGUGAAGGAGGCCUAUGAACAAUUAGUCCGCAGUCUUGUAUCCUCCCCAGUGGAAAGCGCAGAAGCCGAUGAGCCGCGCACGCCCGAAAAGGUGCACACUUUGGACUCGGAGCAGAAACAACAGAUUCUGGAUCACAUUCACUAUGUCUAUUUUGACUUCCAUAAUGAGACCAAAGGUUUGAAGUGGCAUCGGGCCCAGCUUCUCUUGGACCGGUUGACAGACGGACUAAUGCGUGGACAAUAUUUUCGUGGCGUUGAGAAUCCCGGUGAUGCAAAUGGGCAAUUGGAUUCAAGGACCCUCCAGACAAGCGUGGUUCGCACAAACUGCAUGGACUGCCUCGAUCGUACGAAUGUGGUCCAGAGUAUGCUGGGCCGUUGGACAGUAAGCCGUCAGCUCAUGGAUGCCGGCGUACUUCGACCAGGAGAGUCCGCAAACGACGAUCCAGAGUUUGAGAACUUAUUUCGCAACAUGUGGGCAGACAACGCCGACGUGGUCUCCAAGGCCUACUCUGGAACCGGCGCUCUCAAAACCGACUUCACCCGAACUGGAGAGCGCACACGUGCGGGUAUGGUGCAAGACCUUUCCAACUCGCUUACUCGAUAUGUUCGCAACAACUUCAUGGAUGGUCCUCGCCAAGACGGAUUCGACUUGUUCCUCGGCAAUUAUCUGCCACAGAACUCGGCGUUGGGAAGCCUUCUUCUCUACAUCGAUCGAAGGCCAGUUGCUAUCCAGUCCAUCCCAUACGUUCUUGCGGCAAGCGUCUUUAUGGUACUGGUUGCCACCUUUACACGUCGCCUACCGGAUGCCGCAGUAUGGCCUCUUAGAGUAUUUUUCCUCGUGUGGCUGAUUGUUGGCGUAUGGUGCUCUCGCUUCAUUUCUCGCCAUGGGAUGCUUUACGUCAACUGGCCCAAGCUCAACACUCCAACUGCUGCUUCAGAAGGCUUCCAAGAGGCUCUGCACUCUGCCCGUGCAGAUCCAAUUGUCGGCCGUUUUUUACCAACCAAGCGACACCAGCGAGGCGCCAGCAGCGUCCGUCUGGGUUACUUGGAAGAGGGAAAAAAGAGGCUUGAGUAA